UGUCUCUUUGCUCCCACUCCGACUCCCACGAGCAAGCAGCAAGCAGCAGCACCAAACCGCACCACCAAUCUCCCUCUUGCAGGCAAAAUCGAGCGCCCAUCUUCUUUCCUCCCUCUCCCACUCCCAAGGGCAAGCAGCAGCACCCAUCUUCUUUCCCCUCUCAUGGCUGUGCAGGGCGUAUGAGAGCUCAGAUGAGGGAGGGAGUCGGGAUGGGAGUUCGGUUAGAGAUGAUUUUUGUGUUUCAACUCUCAAAUUAAGGCUAGGGGGUCAGAUGAGGGUCCGAUUGGAGUUGCUAAAGCAGACAGAGAAAUCAGAAGAAAAAAACUCUAUCUUGACACAGUAAGUGGAAAAGAUCAAUAUGGUAGAUCCAACUGUGAGUAUUUCCGCAGGCGUGAUGAACUCGCUCCUCUCCAAGCUAACAAAGCUGCUUAGCGACGAAUACAAGCUCCUCAAGAGUGUCCGCAAGGAGGUCAAGUUCUUGAAGGAUGAGCUGAGCAGCAUGAAUGCUCUGAUUCAGAAGCUGGAAGAUAUGGAAGAGCUUGAUGUUCAGGCAAGGGAGUGGAGAGACAAGGUGCGUGAAUUGGCAUACGACUUUGAGGAUUGCAUCGAUGUCUUUAUGCAUAAUCUCGGCGGUGAGGGUGAAAAGGCUGGCUUGGUCGGCAAGAGUGAACGCUGGAUCAAGAAGCUGCAACUGCGUCGGCAUCUUGCUAGUCAAAUCCAAGAACUCAAGGCCCGUGUUGUGGAGGAGGCUGAGCGACAGCGCAGGUAUAAGGUCAGUGAAUGCGUCUCAAGCUCUAGAGCUGUUGACAUUGACUAUCGACUAGCUUCGCUUUAUGCGGAGGCAGACAAACUUGUGGGAAUUGAUGGUCCGCGGGAAGAAAUUGCCCAGCGUUUAUUGGAAGGAGAAAAUGGUUCUUCACAACAACUUAAACUUGUGUCGAUUGUUGGUCCUGGUGGUAUUGGCAAAACAACUCUCGCCACUCAAGUGUACAAUCGGAUCAGGAAUAAGUUUGACUGUACGGCAUUCGUGUCAGUAUCGCAAAAUCUUGACACGCUGAAGAUUUUGAAGGAGAUACUUUUAGGAAUUGGAUAUUGUAGUAACCGCAUGCUAGAUCACGAGCAACAGGUCAUCGAUGUCAUUAGACAAUACCUUGCAGAUAAGAGGUAUCUUUUUAUAAUUGAUGACAUAAGGAGCAUUAAGGCAUGGGACAUUAUUAAGUAUGCUUUGGUCCAAAAUAAUAAAAGUAGCAGAGUUAUAACGACCACACAAAUUCAAGAUGUAGCUACCACUUGUUGUUUACAUUGCGAUGGCCAAGUAUACAUGAUGCAACCUCUUGAUGAGUCAGACUCAAGGCGGUUGUUCUUGAAACGAGUAUUUGAUUCUGAGGAUAACUGUCCUGAGCAGUACAGAAUGAUUACAGAAAAUAUGUUACAUAAAUGCAAAGGGGUACCACUGGCAAUAACUAGCAUUGCUACACUUCUGGCUAGCCAAGGCAUGAAUGUUGAGAAAUGGGAGAAUAUGCAUAAUUCCUUUUAUUCGGAAUUGGAAACAAAUCCUGCACUCGAAUGGAUGAGGUAUGUUCCAAGUCUUAGCUAUAAUGAUUUGUCACAUGAACUGAAGACAUGCUUGCUAUACCUUGGUAUCUAUCCUGAAGACUAUCCUAUUAAAAAGGUAGAUUUGGUCAGGCGAUGGGUAGCUGAAGGAUUUGUUAGUGAAAAACAUGGUUUAGAUCUGGAAGAAGUUGCCGGGAGCUACUUUGAUGAGCUCAUCAAUAGAAGUAUGAUCCAGCCCGGCAAAAUUAUUCGAGGUGAAAUGCACUAUUGUCGAGUUCAUGAUCUAAUGCUUGAUCAUAUUAUAUCGAAGUGCACUGUUGAGAACUUCUUCACUAUAAUAGAUAGGAAAUACAAAAUGAAACAAACAUUAUUUCCAGUUCGUCGGCUUUGCUGUCACUUCAGUAAUGGUAAUAUUGCUCUGGAAAGUCUGAGGCUUAAAAAAGUUCGAUCCUUUACUACCUUCCCUGCUUCUGACUGUAUGCAGCCACCCAUUUCAAAGUUUGAGCUUUUACGAGUGUUGAAUCUGCAGACGAACCCUUCACCUGAUUCUCAGUGCCUUGAUUUAUCUGCUAUAAGUAAUCUUUUCCUAUUGAGAUAUUUACGGGCCAGAGGAUUUCGGAACUUGAAGUUGCCGGAGAAAAUUGGGAAACUGCAGAAUCUGAUGACGCUAGAUCUAGGAGACAGCGAAGUGGUUUGUGCUAUUCCAUUAGAUGUUACUUCUUUGUCAUCAUUGAGGCAUCUUACAGUUCCACGCGGUGCAGUUCUGCCGGAUGGAAUUGGAAAAUUGAUCACUCUACGAACCCUGGAAGAGUUUGAUCUCGGCAAGAAUUCGAUGCAGAACAUAAAAUAUCUUGGUGAAUUGACCAAUCUGAUGGAGCUCCAGCUCCGACAUGAGGACAGUGGAAUCUUUCAACCUCUUACACAUAUGGAGAGGAGAAAGUAUGAGGUCCUUGCCGUCUCCCUGUGCAAGAUUGGGAACAGCAACCUCCGCUCUCUUGUUGCGCAUCCUGGAGUAAGCCUUGGCUGUGUUUUAAAUUGUUCAUUAACUCAUCCACGCUGUCUACGGAGACUUCAUUUGGACUCUUGUUGCCCAACUUUCCCGAAGUGGAUGGCGCAGGCUGUAAGGUUAACAAGCUUGAUACUUGAGGUUGAAGAGCUGUGCAGUGAAGACGUCCAUGUUCUUGCAGGGCUGCCCUGCCUCACUUACCUCGAUUUGGGAGCUGCAAAAGCCCCCAACAGAAGCAUCAUGAUCCAGAUCAACUCCAAUGAAUUCUCAUGCCUGAAGGAAUUCAAAUUCAAGUAUCACAUACUAUUGCUGUCAUUUGAGCCAGGGGCAAUGCCUACGCUUCAAAGUCUCGACCUGACUUUCAGUGGCGGUUCAGUUAUUGGGAUAGAGCACCUUGCAAGCCUUGAAGAGAUCUCUGUGUACCUGAAGGCCUUACCGUGUGAUCUGUCCAAAAUAAGGUCCGAAAUCAGUGAUGCCCUCGACAGGCAUCCGAGAAACCACACCGUACGACGGAGAAGGUUCAUAUUUACUCCUUGUUUGGAUGAUCGUGAUUGCUCCGGAAGCUUUCAAGAUCUAGUUGAAGACUGAACCGUGUUGGGGAACUCAACUCAUGGUACGGUAUCCCUCACCUAUCAAGGUUAGUCCUUUUACUUGAGUCAGAUGGAGUAAGGUUUUGGACUCCGGUGAUUGUAAGGUGAGUCAUGUUAUUCUCAUGCUUGUUCCUAUAUCCUUGUUCCUGCAUAUGCUGGAUCUAUUAUUUCUCAUGCUUUGCAAAGAAGGCAAAAAUUUGUCAAAAAUCAGAUCUGAAGUCAGUGAUGAGAAAAAGCACAGUGACUAAUAAUUUUGAACGAAGGAAGUACAAUAUUAAAUCUUUUUGACGCGAGACAUUAAAGAAGGCAAAAAAAAAACGGUUUGAUUUUGCAAUCCUGAAGUAAGCUGCUCACGCCAUCUGUAAUACCCCGUCCUCCAAAAGUCGCACCACUCAGCCCUUCUAAGGGUGGGUACGUAUACACAUAGUACCCUACUUACACUUCCAUCCUCGCUUCGUAUAAAAGGAUUAACCUGAAGGUGCUUAGCUGAAGGAUAAAGGCUUAUAAGUUAGCUCCAACCUUAUGCGCUCAUGGUCCCAUCCCCUCUUAGCACACGAUCAUGCAUCCAGUGCCAGCACCAUAUGCCAUGUCGCAUGUUCUAUCCGAGCCCACAUGUGCCAUGCGCCAUAUACCCGUACACUGACCCAUAAGCAACCGCGAGGGUUGGCUUUGACACCACUUGUAACACCCUGUCCUCCAAAGCCACACUGCCCAACCCUUCCGAGGGGCGGGCACGUAUAUAUAUAGCACCUUACUUACACUUUCGUCCUCGCUCCGUGUAAAAGAACUAAUCCGAAGGUGCUAUAGCUGGAGGACAAAUGCUUAUAAAUUGGCUCCACUCUUGCUCAACUAGCAAGGUGGUACUAAAUAUGCACACCUACGCUCAUGGGUCACUACUGGGCCAUAUCCGAAUUGGGCUGGGCAUCACGCCAUACUUUUUUCCUUUUUGUUAGAGCAACUCUAGUAAUAGCCCCUACUUCAGUUUCCUACUUUAUUGGCGUGGGGACAACAAGCUCAGUACGAGCCAUGGCGGCCUCCGCCUCGCUUCAAAUCAGCCGCACUACCCCCGCACGUGCCCCUACCACCUCCUCGUCGCUCCGAUUUGAUGGCGGCCAUGGUUGAUUCGAUGAUGCCGGUGCUCGAUCGAUUGGAGGGCUGCUGGGCUUGAUUUGACGUCGAGGUGAGCACCAGAACCUUCUUCCCAUCUCUGUCCCUUCCCUUUCCCCUUCACCGAGCAAAUCCUUCGUGCGCGGGGGCCGAAACUAUCGAAACAGUCGAGUAGGGACCUCCCUAUAGACCUGUGGGAAGAAGGGGCCGGAGGGGGUGAUUUGGAUGCCUACCUAAUCUAAGGGUCUGAGUAGGGACCCUACUAAAGUGAUGUUUUUUCCACUCUCGGCCCCAUGUAGGGGCCUGAAUAGGGAUCGUGCUCUUAUUGAUUAUUGCAGUUGCUUUUAUUGAUUAAUGUUAUGCACUUGUUUCACUCUGUCCCAUUCUCCGAGAAGUGCUGAAAAAAAAUAUUUCGAAUAUCUUGCUGCCGGAUAUAUAAGAGAUGAUUCUUGCGAAAAUGGGAUGCAAUAUACUGGAGAUUUUUGAAGAAAGGGUGGCAAAAUAUCUCCAAGAUAUAAUUAAAAUGUUUUUAAUAUUCUUGCCUCUACUUUGAAGUCCUAUUAUAUUUUACCCUAAUUUCUUAACUUUGUGAUUUUUUCCCCUAACUAUUCAAAAGUAAAUUUGAUUUGACCCUGCCUUUACGAUUUGCCCAUAUUUUGACAGAUAACUGUGAGUAAAAUCGCAUUGACAUGAUCGUAAUGUUCAAAAAACAAAGGUACAAUCAUAAUUACAAUUAAAGUAAGGGUAAGAAUGCAAAUUAAAUACCCUUCAAAAUGCUUGAGGAAAGACAUUUUGCGGUAGAAGUUUUGCCAACUAACAGGCCACAAUGGGGACAUACCUCUUCUAGCAGAGACUCGGCCACUGAUGGCAAAAGCACAUCCCUCAAGGGUAAUAAGACGUGGAGAUACACAUGGAGUAUGUAGUACACGAUUGCCUAUCAGAUCCGCGAGUCACAACCGGCAAGUUGCUAUACACAAGAAGCGGAUAAUGGACACGUUUGGUAUUCUUACCAGUAUGUUGGGUUUACUCACACAUCGAAAAUUGAUGUUGAAGAGCAUAACUUAUAACGUGGGACAACCCGCUGUCACCUAUCAAUAGUAACCUUUUAUGUUGAUUUAGGUCUAGCCCCUUUAUAAGGUUAUGAGCUCCAGUGGUCCUAAGCUUAAAUCAAAGCUGUUUCUUUUAUCAAGUGCCAUGCAAGCUCGCAGUAUAAUGGGUAGGCCAGACAAUUACGCACUCUAACAAGUGACAAAAAGCUAAAGGUUGGGAACCUAGCUAAAACGAUGCCUCGGGAAUCUCAUGGGUUGUGCUACAGGAGAGUUGGCACCUAAUGUGUUUGGAGAAAAUUGUCGGGUGUGUAGAAUAAUUUUCAAUUUUGCAAAGAAUGUACGCCCAAUUUCAUUUUGAUGGACCUUUUAUCGUCCAAUUUCAUAGAAAAUACUAGUCUUUACAUUAUGAAACUCAAGGCAUUCUAGAGAUUUUGGAAUAGAUUAGAGACAUGCAAAAUACGCAUGUACCCUGAAUUAUAUCGCGAGGAGUUGUGUAGUGUAGUUGUUUUAGUGAAUGCCAUUGAGCCUGUUCGGAUCAGCUGCCUAUAGCAGUGCUGCGGCUGUGGCUGCAACAGAAAGCCAACGGGAGCUGCAGCCAGCAUGCGGGUGCGAAUUGCUGUGCAAUUUUUUAUGCUUUAAGAUAAGGUUGCGUAGUUAUUUUUAGCUGGAACUGCAUGAGCUGCAAGCUGCAGCCGAGCAGCAGCUGUGUGCAGCUGCAGCAACAGUCGCAAGCUGGAAAUGCAUGAGCUGCAAGCUGCAGCUGAGCAGCAACAGUCGCAACAGAAGCAAAAGCGAGUGCGCCCAAUUGAAACAAGAAGUUCACUUCGACUCAUCCACCAAUCAACUAAAUUAUUUCUAUCAACUUUGAAGAGAAUUAAAUUAACAAAUGUUUAUAUGUGCCUAAAAUAUCUUAUAUGUGAGAAUCUAUUAAAUACUUGGAUGCCUUCUUUUUUGACUAUGGGCGGAGUAAUUAACAGAGGGUGAGAGAGAAAUAUUAAUUAAUAGGGGAUUCAGAGGAUAUUAAUUUUGGCACAACUGUAGGAGUAGGUCACGGGUCAAACUCCUCGAUCUGGCCUCACGUGGGCUCGUGGAUCUCAAGAACAAUAAUGAAAUGUGAUUUAUUAGGGUAUGUACAAAGUGCGGACAACUGUCUAUCAAGACUUGCCACAUCACAUAUAGAUAGCAAAACUGACAUCUUCCAAUAAAUUCAACUAUACAUGUUUUGUACACUUUUUAAGCCCUACAAUGAAUCCACGAAUCAUGGUGAUCGAGCCAUAAACAUAAUUUUUUAUACCAUCUAUCCCACUUAAAAAACUUUCUAUGAUUUCUAUAUCUAUUAAGGGUCACAUCGAAAAAUGGCGAAGAUAUUUCUGUGAACUACCGUGUCGGUGACUGCUGCGGUGCUGCCCCCGUCUCCCCCGUUGACUCUCGUUCUCUCUCUCCCCCGUCCGCCUUUGGAUCUGGGUGCGGCGGCCAGCGGCAAGGCACUGUGCGACUUCCGGUGGUCGGCGUGAUCGGCUUGGCUGGUGCAACUUCCGGUGGCUGGUGCGUUGUGGCGUCCGGCGGCCGGCGCGGCGCGGGUAGCCCAGCGCAUGCGGCCGACUGGUGGCACGAAUUGAAGAACCUCCACCACACUGUUCCCUGCAAGAACUUCGACCACACCGUUCCCUGUAAACUCCACUCCAACGCCAUUUGCCCGUUUCACUCAAACAACAGAGCAUAAACCACCUAACAUCAUAAUCGCUUCCAGAGAGCGAAUCAAGGAGAUUGACAUGGCGGGCAUAAUGGUGAGUGCUUCCACUGGGGUGAUGGGCUCACUCCUGUCCAAGCUAUCUAUGUUGCUGCGUAAUCAGUACAAGCAGCUCAAGAGGAUUCGAAUGGAUAUCGAGUUCCUCAGCCGUGAGUUGACCGAUAUGAAUGCUGCUUUGGAGAUGCUAGCGGAUACGGAAAAGCUUGAUAUCCAAACAAAGGUGUGGAGACUGGAGAGACAAGGUUCGUGAGAUGGCCUAUGAUAUCGAGGAUUGCAUUGACAUCUUCAUGCACCAGCAAGGCCACGGAGAUUCAGAGGAUGGUUUGCGAAGAUUGCAAACAGGAUUAGGAUGCUACGGGGCCACUAUCAAAUUGCCAAGAAAAUUCAAGAACUCAGAGCUCGUGUUGUGGAGCAGAGUGAGAGCCGUGAUAGAUACAAGAUUGUUGAAGGUGCUGCCACCUCUACACAAGUUCCACUCGACCCGAGGGUACAAGUACUGUUUGAAGAUGCGAAAAGGCUAGUCGGCAUUGAUGGUCCUAGGGACAAAAUCAUCCGAUGGUUGAUGCAAGAAGAUGACAGUCAUUCAAGACCACUUAAGGUCAUCUCCAUAGUUGGCUUUGGGGGCCUCGGCAAGACCACUCUCGCAAACCAAGUGUACAAUAAAAUCAAGAUUGAGUUUGAAUGCACAACUUUCAUGUCAGUGUCUCGAGAUGCCCAAGAUUCUGAAGCACAUACUGUCCGGAGUUGGAUAUGGUGGUAGAUGAUAUCCAAAAGCUUAUUUCCAUCAUUCGAUCACAGAUCACAAAUAAGAGGUACCUCAUCAUAGUUGAUGACAUAUGGAGCAUCAAUGCUUGGGAGAUUAUAAAGUGCAUUUUUGUGGAAAAUAAUAAUGGUAGCAGAGUUAUAACCACCACGUAUUCAAAAUGUUGCUACAGCUUGUUGCUGUCAAUGUCAAGGCCACGUAUACCAGAUGCAACCCCUUAAUGAGCUGCACUCAAGAAACCUAUUUUUCAAAAGGGUAUUUGGCACGGUGGAUGGUUGCCCUCUACAAUUUAAAGUGAUUUGAGACAACAUAUUAAGGAAGUGUAAAGGUGUACCAUUAACAAUUACUAGCAUUGCAAGCCUUUUGGCAAACAAAAGCAUGCAUGUUGAGACAUGGGAGAGGAUACACAAUUCAUUGGGUUCCGAGUUGGACACAAAUCCCACACUGGAAUGGAUGAGACAUGUGCUAUGUCUUAGCUUCAAUGACCUGUCACAUGAACUCAAGACAUGCUUUGCUAUAUCUUGGUACGUACCCUGAAGAUCAUGAAAUGGACAAGGUUGAAUUGUUGAGAAAAUGGAUAGCUGAAGGAUUUAUUAGGGAAAAACACAGUUUAGGUCUAGAGGAAGUUGCUGAAAACCUUUUUAAUGAACUCAUCAACAGAAGUAUGAUCCAGCCUUCCUUGAAUGAUUCUGGUGGGGUGUGGUCAUGUCGAGUUCAUGAUCUAAUGCUUGAUCUUAUCAUAACGAAGUGCACAGAACAAAACUUCAUUACUCUAAUUGAUAGGAAGUUUGACAUGAAUGGAACAUUUCAAGUUCGUCGGAUCAGCCAUCAGUUCAAUAACAGAGACAUGGCUCUGGCAGUCAAGACGAUGAGUCUGUCACAAGUUCGGUCAUAUAAAUCCUUCCCCAUGGCUAAUUGUAUGCCUUCAAUUUUUAAAUUUGAAGUUUGAGAGUUUUGGACAUGGACUAUGGCUCAUUUGUGAUGCCAAAAUCUAUGUUCCUCGAUUUGUCUUCUAUAAUCACGUUUUUCUGCUGAGGUACCUGAAGGUCA